UUUGAACUUUCCAAACUUAUAAAAAUGCAAUCUUUGUUGCGAAAAAUAACCUUCGUGCCCAUCGUCAUCAUCUCUCCCCUUUCUAAACCUACUAAAAGCUGCAAUCUUUCUGUUCAUCUCUCAAACCUCAUGUCUUGGUCUUGCAAGAAGUGUACUUUCAUUAACUCUCCAUCACCAAAACCCACUUGCCAAAUCUGUCUCUCACCUCCUUCACCCCCUCCACUACCUUCCUCUUCUUCAAAUCAAGAAACCCCAAAAUGGUCUUGCAAGGCUUGCACUUUCUUGAACCCGUAUAAGAACAGUAGCUGUGAAGUAUGUGGCACUAGAGGUUCUGUUUUUUCUCUUUCUAGUUUAGAGGAUUUGACCGAUACUAGUGGUCUUGAUGGUGAUGUGGAUUCUUCUGUUGGGUCUGUUUUCAUGCCCUUAAGGCAUUGUAAGAGGAAGGUUAGAGACUCAGUUGACGAUCAUCAAGAGGUUGGGUUUCGUGGGGUUAAGUCUUUGAACAAUGUCGAAGUUGGAGGUGAUGGGGAUUCUGCGGAAUUGGGUGCAUUCCAAGGGGUGAAAGCAUCAAACAAGGGAGUGACUGUUUUGAAGGAUGGAGGUGACGGCCAUAGUGUGAAAUUGGGUGGGUUUCAAGGGGUUAAAUCAUCAAACAAGGGAGUCACAGUUCUAAAGGUAUAUGCAGAUGAAAGUGAUGGGGCUAGUGUGAAAUUGGGUGCGUUUCAAGGUGCUAGGGCAUCAAACAAGGGAGUGGCUGUUUUGACAGAGGAUACAAAUUCAGCAGCAGUGCUUGGUUCCUUCAAGAUUUUGAGCUAUAAUGUUUGGUUCCGAGAAGACCUGGAGUUACAUAGGAGGAUGAAAGCACUUGGGGAACUUAUUCAACUACAUUCACCAGAUGUCAUUUGUUUACAGGAGGUUAUUCCAGAUAUAUAUGACAUAUUUCAGCGAUCCAGCUGGUGGAAAGCUUAUCAAUGCUCUGUUUCUUCUGAAAUAGCAAGUUCAAGAGGAUACUUUUGCAUGCAGUUAAGCAAACUGCCUGUAAAAUCCUUCAGCACUAAACCCUUUAUGAAUUCAAUAAUGGGGAGAGAACUUUGCAUUGCUGAGCUUGAAGUUCCAGGAAAAAAGUCAUUAGUUGUUGCCACUAGCCAUCUAGAGAGUCCUUGUCCAGCACCUCCAAAAUGGGAUCAGAUGUUCAGCAAGGAACGUGUGGAUCAGGCAAAGGAGGCCAUCAACCUUCUCAAGAAGAACUCAAAUGUGAUUUUUUGUGGUGACAUGAACUGGGAUGAUAAGUUGGAUGGUCAGUUUCCUUUCCCUGAUGGAUGGGUUGAUGCUUGGGUAGAGUUGAAGCCAGGGGACAAUGGAUGGACAUAUGAUACCAAAUCCAACCAAAUGUUGUCUGGUAAUCGUGCAUUGCAAAAGAGACUGGAUCGAUUCAUAUGCAGUCUCUGUGAUUUCAAGAUCAGUAAAAUUGACAUGAUUGGUAAGGAUGCAUUACCUGGCUUAUCAUAUAUGAAGGAGAAGAAAGUGAGAAAAGAGGUAAAGAUGUUGGAGUUACCUGUCUUGCCUAGUGAUCAUUAUGGUUUGCUUUUAACAAUAUCCGGUCUGUAAAGUUAGUAACGAUUUUAUCUAGCUGGACGAUCACGAUACAGUCAGGGAACAAAAAAAACCUUUGAGCAUACUUUGCAUGCAAUUUUGUACAAAACAAACUCAAAGAUGCAAAGGCCUGGAGCAGCUUGCAGAGCAUGCUGUUACAGAUUUUGUAUAAAACUCUUUGGAUCGAAAUGAUAUGAACGGUUUCUUGUAA